AUGGCAGUCUGCAACCAGGCAAAACAUGGAGUAUGGGAUGCGCCUAUGCAGCCCCAGCAUCUGACGCCGAGGCACCACAGGGGUUUCCUACGCUGUGCUUUGCUGCUGUUUUGUUGUUCGUUUAUACUGUUGUUCAGACUGAAUGUGGACGACAACAACACCGAUAGGGUGGCGGCGGUGCCGAUUCAGACGGCGAAGUCGCGUGAUGGCGUUAGCAGGAUGGUGCAGGAUGAGGAGAAACUGUGGGAUCGGGCUGCAGCACAGGAAGAGAUUCUGCACACGCAAUUCGCUGGUCUCUCUCCUGGCAGUGUGGGCUUUAAUGAGUCGCUGCGCCGCCGAAUAGAGUCGAUCCCACAGUGCAAGGCCCUUGGCCGCCCGUUCUUGGACUACCUACAGAAGUACUUGCUUGUGCACUACUAUUCCCCCGAAGAUCACCGCACAGCACGUCUCAUUUACUCCUGCGAGAGCCACAGACGAGGCUACGCGUGUGGCGGCAUGGGCGACCGCACUCGUGGGAUGAUCACAGCGUUCUGGCUCGCUCUCUUGUCACGUCGGCGAUUCGAAUUGUAUCACCCCACGCCAGUUCCACUGCAGAAGUACAUGCCUCCACAUCUCCUAAACUAUAUUCCCUCUUUGCGCAACAAUGUAUCUCGGCUGCAGGCGAGUAUUGACCGGAGCUCGCCCAAGACGUUCCGCGAAUCGCUUUCCCCCCUUAUAAGUGAUGCGCCUGUGGAUUUUCGGCUGAUGAGCAUUCGCCGCACCAAGGAUUAUAUCGUGCGGCAACGGAAAGCCAACAGAUGGGUCUCACAGCAGCCCGCUACAGGCAGCGAGGAGUGGUGGAGCCCGCAGUACGCUGUGCGGGACCUACGAGUGCAGUGCAACUCUGUGGGCGUCGAUGGCUUCUUGUACAAGGACAACGACUUGUUCAACGUAAAGAUGCGAGUGCUCAACCUCGAGCAUUGCAACAUCUCAUGCUAUUACGGCUGCCUUAGCCACAUUCUGCUACAGCCGGAUGGGCGCCUGUGGGGUGCGGCGGCGGAGCUCUUGCGUGAGUCACAGAACCGCGCGCUAGUGGCGUCCCUCGACGGUGUGCGGCGGCCGGCACCAGGGCAAGUGUUCCCGUUCGUGUCGCUGCAGGUGCGCAUGGCCGGCGCGUGGGCGACGGGGCUCGACGUGGCCGAAACCGUCCGCACGUUCCCGUGUGCGCUGCCCCACUACUACGCCAUGACGCGCGAGGUGCUGACAGGCGAGGCGUGGCGGCGCUUCCCCGAACUUUUUCCCGCCAACUACCUGCUGCGCGACCUGCUGCGCCGCGGCGACUCACCGGUGCUGUUCGUGUCCUCUGACUCAGCCCGCUUUGUAAGCGAGGCGGCGCGCGUCUUGGGCGACAACAGCAGUGUUCGCGUUAUCAGCGUUGCCGGCGACUCCUUUCGUCACAUCGACACGAUGAAUAUCGCCGACUCCGGUGCUGCCGGGCACGAUGACAGCGCCGAGGUCACUAGGGAGCAUGCAUACUUCCAGGUCCUUUUAAAUUACUACUUGCUGGGCCUCGCGUCACAUUCUAUCAUGUCUCAGUCGGGAUUUAGUGAGACGGCAUUCUGGCGCAGCCGACAGGUGGCGAGCGCCAUCUUCGUGGAUGUGCAGCCGCAGCAGGCGUGGCAGUAUCACUGCCGCUACCCGGAGGUGAGCAGUGACCACCUAGCCACCGAGGUGCGCUCCGCUGAGGCCGUGCACAGCCGCAUUCUGCACAACCUGAAAGCCCCACCAACGCCCUUUUAUGUAUGA